AUGAACAUGGUACAUGACCAUGGUCAUACAGUGUUGGCAUUGAAUGCAAACCACUGUUGGUGUGGAGCGAACGCCAGUCACGACCAAAACAGCACUUCCAACACAUCCCAUGACAAGCCAUUUGUGCACAGAAUCCAAAUGACCACUGGAUUCGUAAUGAGAUCUCUUCUUGUGAUUAUGGUAAUAUCGAUGACUCUAUUAGUGAUUUGCAUUCUUCGCGUGUAUUGUUCCAAAGGAUCCAAAGGAAUGAAGACAUCGAAGGAUUGUCCGAAAUAUGAUUCUCUGCCGACGACUGCCAUCAAUGACUCGAUUCCGAAGAAUGCAUUCGUUUUGAAUGAUUCGGACGACGAAGAGAUCAGUCUCUUUGAUUCCAACCAUCAGUUAAUUAAAUAAACGCUCAAAUGAUCUUCAAUUUGGAUAUUAUGUCAGUUUUAGUCAACAUUUUUUGAUACAUUUUGUGAUAUAAUUACAAAUUAUUUAUACUAAAUAUGCC